GCCUUCCUCGCCACCAUGUCUCGGCAAUCCACGGUCACCUUCCAGACUGGCAGCCGCAGGGGCUUCAGCACCGCCUCAGCCACCACCCCAGCAGCGGGUCGCUCCCGCUUCAGCUCCACCUCUGUAGCCCGCUCCACAGGGUGUAGUGGGGGGCCAGGAAGGAUUGGGGGUGCUGGGGUUGGUUUCGGAAGCCGCAGCCUCUACAACCUGGGGGGGCCUAGGCGGGUCUCCAUCAGUGGGUGUGGCAGCAGCUUUCGAAGUGGCUUUGGUGGCAGGGCUAGCAGUGGGUUUAGCCAUGGGGGUGGGGUUGGAGGAGGCUUUGGGAGUCCUGGCUUCCCCCUCUGCCCCCCUGGAGGCAUCCAAGAGGUCACAGUCAACCAGAGUCUCCUGGCUCCCCUCAACCUGCAAAUCGACCCCUCCAUCCAGCGGGUGAGGAAGGAGGAGCGUGAGCAGAUCAAGACCCUCAACAACAAGUUUGCCUCCUUCAUUGACAAGGUGCGCUUCCUGGAGCAGCAGAACAAGGUCCUGGAGACCAAGUGGAGCCUCCUGCAGGAGCAGGGCACCAAGACCGUGAGGCAGAACCUAGAGCCCCUCUUUGACACCCACAUUGGUGACCUCCGGCGGCAGCUGGACAGCAUCACCACUGAGAGGGGCAGGCUUGAGGCCGAGCUGAGGAGCAUGCAGGACACUGUUGAAGAUUUCAGAGCCAGGUAUGAAGAUGAAAUUAAUAAGCGCACAGCUGCAGAGAAUGAGUUUGUGGCCCUGAAAAAGGAUGUGGAUGGCGCCUACAUGAACAAGGUGGAGCUGGAAGCCAAGGUCACAUCUCUGACAGAUGAGAUCGACUUUCUCCGCUUGGUCUUUGAGGCAGAGCUGUCCCAGAUGCAGACCCAGGUUGGUGACACAUCUGUAGUGCUGUCCAUGGACAACAACCGUAACCUGGACCUGGACAGCAUCAUCGCUGAGGUCAAAGCGCAGUAUGAGGACAUCGCCAACCGCAGUCGGGCUGAAGCUGAGUCCUGGUACCAGACCAAGUAUGAGGAGCUGCAGGUCACCGCGGGCCGGCACGGGGACAACCUUCGCAACACCAAACAAGAGAUCUCGGAGAUGAACCGCAUGAUCCAGAAGCUGAGAGCUGAGAUCGACAGUGCCAAGAAGCAGUGCUCCAGCCUGCAAACAGCCAUCGCCGAUGCCGAGCAGCGCGGAGAACUGGCUCUCAAGGAUGCGCGGGCCAAGCUGGUGGACCUGGAGGAGGCCCUGCAGAAGGCCAAGCAGGACAUGGCCCGGCUGCUGCGCGAAUACCAGGAGCUCAUGAAUGUCAAGCUGGCCCUAGAUGUGGAGAUCGCCACCUACCGCAAGCUGCUGGAGGGCGAGGAGAGCAGGCUGAGUGGAGAGGGAGUUUCUCCAGUUAAUAUCUCUGUGGUCACCUCCACUGUUUCCAGUGGCUACGGCGGUGGCAACAGCGUUGGAUGUGGAAGCCUGGGUGUCGGUGGGGGCAGCGGCUACUCCUUCACCACCAGUGGUGGGCACAGCCUGGGUGCAGGCCUGGGGGGCUCUGGCUUCAGUGCCAGCAGCAGCCGGGGUCUGGGGGGCAGUGGCUCUAGCGUCAAGAUUGUCUCCACUACAUCCUCUAGCCGGAAGAGCUACCAACACUGA